CUGAAUCUCGCUUGUCAGAUUCAUUUUCUUUUUGAAGUCUUAGUUCAUGUGCGCUUUAAUUUUUUUCUUUAAAAUUUGUAAUUGAUUUAUCAGAAUACAUAUAAUAUACCACGAGGAAAUGCACGCAUCGUCCCUGCUUUUUCAGCUUGAGUAUAUGGGGAUAAAUCAGCUUUCUAUAACUGUGGUUUUAUUGGACUUCAAGACACCAUAUGGGAUACAUUGGGACGAUAUUAUUACAAAAAAAUGCUAUAUUAAAGGUGGAGUGGACUUCAUCUGGGGAUCAGCUCAAUCUUUGUAUGAGGAAUGUGAAAUAAAUCUUAACAUAGGAAUAUAUGCCGAAGAAAUUCCUUCCGGUGUCAUAACAGCACAGGGCAGGAAUUCAUCCAAAGAUCCCGGUGGCUUUGUGUUCAAAAGUUGCAAUUUUAGGGGAGUUGGGAAAGGACAACCUGGGAUAGCUUACGGAUCUUUUGCUAGAGUGAUCAUAUACACGUCCAACCUCUCAGAUUUUGUAUUACCUUCAGGAUGGGAUGCUUGAAAUAGAUUGAGGUUUGUGCAGGCAGUAAAUACAGGACCUGGGGCAAACACUGCUAUGCGUGUUCAAUGGACUAAGAAACUCGGUGCUACAGAACUCAAUAAAUUUGUGGAUAUUUCCUACAUUGACAAGGAAGGAUGGACUUUGAAAUUACCAAAAGUCAUUUGAAAUAUAAUUUUUUGUUUUCA